GGCCAGACCAAUCACCAGAAGUUGUCCCGGGCCUGCAUCAUGUCCUUCCUCCGAAAGAAAAACCCCAACAAGCCUCUCAUUCCUCCCGUGGAGGAGCCCGCGCGCAGGACGUCUCCGGCCCCAGGUGGCAAGUCUGGCGGCGCCUCGCCCCAGCCCGCUUAUCGACCAUCCAACGCACGCACCUACGUCGCCAGCCGCGAUGGUGAUCCCUACGGGAGCAGCUACGGCGACAGGAGCAACAGCGCAGGGAGCGGUCGUCCGGGGUACGGCGACCCCAACUACAACAACAUGAGCGGCACCACGCUUAACGACCAGGCGUCGUCUGCCAUGUCGUACCGGGACAAGUAUGCACGCAAUGCCAGCGUGGGCGAUGCGUACAGCCGUGGCGGCGGUGUCGCUGGGGAUGCUGACCGCGAUCGUGCGGAGCUAUUCUCCGGCCUCAAUCCCGCGAAGACGGGGUCUGGGCGUUUCUUCGACGGUCCUCAGAUUCGUGAGCCCAACCCCGGCGAGGAGAACGACGAGGAUGUGGAGGGAAUCAAGCAGCAGACCCGCUUCGUCAAGCAGGAAUCUGUGAACUCUACCCGCAACGCCUUGCGCAUGGCCCGCGAGGCGGAGGAGACCGCACGCAACACCCUCGGUCGCUUGGGCGAUCAGUCAGAGAAACUCGCCAACACCGAGCGCCACCUCGAUGUUUCCAAGGGUCACUCCCAGACAGCCGCUGACCGCACGGACGAGCUCAAGCAGCUGAACCGCUCCAUCUUCCGCCCGGUCAUCACCUUCAACAAGGAUGCUAAGCGUGCUGCGAAGCAGGCUGAGAUCCAGCGUCGCUACGAAGACGAACGCUCCGAGCGCGAGCGCGGCAUGAUGGACAUCCGUGAGACGCAGAACCGCCUCGGGCGCGCGGCGACCUAUGGCCGCGGGUACGAGGACGAGGACGACAUCACGAGCGGUGGCGUCGGCGGCGGCAGCGGCCGCUACAAGACGGAGGCGCAGCUCGCCGCGCGCAAGGAGCAGCGCAAGCGCUACCAGUUUGAGGCCACCGCGUCCGACGAUGAGAUGGAGGACGAGCUCGACGACAACCUGGAUGAGAUUAGCGAGAUGACGAAGAGGCUGAAGGCGCUUGGCUCGGCCAUGGGACAGGAGCUUGACACGCAGAACUCGCGCAUUGACCGCAUCGAGGGCAAGACGGUCAACCUCGACCAGAAGAUAUUCACCAACACCGAGCGUCUCAAGCGCAUCAAGUAAGCUCGGGAAUAGUAAGCUCGGGGCCUCUGGCCAACAGACCCAUGCAUGGUACCGCCCGAACCCUCACCGACAUCGACAUUACCCUCACUCUCGGCUCGCUCUUUACUCAGACGGAUUGGACUCAUCUUCCCUGUGUAUUUAUUCCCUGAAUAUCACGAAAACGCAUAUCGGAAAACGCACUUGUCGAUCUCUUCUCUCGCUCCUUCCUUACUCAGACAUGACCACACGUAGUAGAGGUUCCGCAGGGUAAUGGUACAGAUUAUUGCACAAUGGCUAUUACAAGGCGAGCCAAGUGUCCGCAUAAAUAAGGCUACGUCUCGUGCAAGACCCCUACUCGUCGAUGUAGUGGCGAGCAAAGAGGUCGUUCUGUAUCCAGAGGAUCUUGUUGAUCGCAC